AUGGCCACAGCAGCUGUAUCCUCAGCUCCUCCUUCCCAGGGGCUCCAACCUCUUUGGAUUAACGUGCCACUGGCCUCCGGUCCCUACCCUGCUUUCUCUGGAGUUCUGCCACAGGUGGUGUGGCGCUGGGUCCAAACCACGCUUGGGGACCAGUUCUACAAGGAAGCCAUUGAGCAUUGCCGGAGCUACAACUCACGGCUGUGUGCAGAGCGGAGCGUGCGUCUGCCCUUCCUGGACUCGCAGACUGGGGUAGCCCAGAACAACUGCUACAUCUGGAUGGAGAAGAGGCACCGAGGCCCAGGCCUUGCUCCGGGCCAGCUGUACACGUAUCCAGCCCGCUGCUGGCGCAAGAAGCGACGAUUACAUCCACCAGAGGACCCGAAGCUUCGACUCCUGGAAAUAAAACCUGAAGUAGAGCUGCCCCUGAAGAAAGAUGGAUUUACCUCUGAGAGCACCACAUUGGAAGCCUUGCUUCGUGGUGAGGGUGUGGAGAAGAAGGUGGAUGCCAGAGAGGAGGAAAGCAUCCAGGAAAUACAGAGGGUUUUGGAAAAUGACGAAAAUGUAGAAGAAGGGAAUGAAGAGGAGGAUUUGGAAGAGGACAUUCCCAAGCGCAAGAACAGGACCAGAGGACGGGCUCGUGGCUCUGCAGGUGGCAGGAGGAGACAUGAUGCCGCUUCUCAGGAAGACCAUGACAAACCCUACGUCUGUGACAUCUGUGGCAAACGCUACAAGAAUCGGCCGGGACUCAGCUACCACUAUGCUCACACUCAUCUGGCCAGCGAGGAGGGGGAUGAAGCCCAAGACCAGGACCCCCGGUCCCCGCCCAACCACAGAAAUGAGAACCACAGACCCCAGAAAGGACCGGACGGGACCGUCAUUCCCAACAACUACUGUGACUUCUGCUUGGGGGGCUCCAACAUGAACAAGAAGAGCGGGAGGCCUGAAGAGCUGGUGUCCUGUGCAGACUGUGGACGCUCUGGUCACCCAACUUGUCUGCAGUUCACUCUGAAUAUGACCGAGGCGGUCAAGACCUACAAGUGGCAGUGCAUAGAAUGCAAGUCCUGUAUCCUGUGUGGGACCUCGGAGAACGACGACCAGCUACUCUUCUGCGAUGACUGUGACCGUGGUUAUCACAUGUACUGUUUAAAUCCCCCAGUGGCCGAGCCCCCCGAAGGAAGCUGGAGCUGCCAUUUAUGCUGGGAGCUGCUCAAAGAGAAAGCCUCAGCCUUUGGCUGUCAGGCCUAGGGCCUCAGGUCACAGAAUGUGACGUGCCACCAGAGAGGCUGAACUGGAGUUCUGUUUGAUCCAGAUGGAGCUCUCCUCCC